AUGGGGAAAAAAUGCCAGCUGGACAGUGGAUCAACCGUCAAUGUGUUGCCUAAAUCAAAGUAUUUACAAGUGUUUGAUGACCCUCAAUUGGAAAAGUUGUCAGAGACGGACAUGACCCUAGUGAUGUUCAAUCAAUCAGAGAUGACACCAGUUGGAGUCAGACGAGUGCUGGUCCGUAACCCGAAAAACCGGAAAAAAUAUUCAGUGGAAUUUGUAGUUGUCGACCAAACAGUAAAGCCUAUCCUAGGAGCACGUGUGAUACAGGCCAUGAAUCUGAUUACUGUGAAUAAACAUAACUUAUAUCCGAAAGCUGAGGCUCCGAAGGAGGUAGUCCUACAGGCAUCAACAACCGACAACACCAUGUUUGAAGGACUUGGGAAGUUAGCAGGCAAACUCCACCUCGAGGUAGACCCCACUGUGCCACCUACCAAAAUACCAGUGAGACGAAUACCAGUGUCAUUGAAAGAUAGGGUCCAGGACGAACUGAUGCGACUAACAAACCUUGGUGUGAUAACACCAGUUACCACCCCAACAGACUGGAUUUCAUCGAUCGUGGUGGUUAAGAAGCACAAUGGGAACUUGAGACUCUGUAUUGAUCCCAAACCGCUAAACAAAGCACUCAAGAGGAAUAAUUAUGCGAUGCCGACAAUUGAGGACAUUCUUCCAGAGCUAAACAAAGCACGACUGUUCUCAGUAGUAGAUGCCAAGGACGGGUUCUGGCAUAUUGAGUUGGAUGAGGAAAGCAGUUAUUUGAUGACAUUUGGCACGCCAUGGGGCCGUUAUCGGUGGAUAAGAAUGCCUUUUGGUAUCUCCCCAGCGCCAGAAGAGUUUCAACGUAGGCUGGAUGAAGCACCGGAGGGUCUAGAGGGAACCAAGGCAAUACAUGAUGACAUCGUUGUGUUUGGAUGCGGUGACACUGACGCAGAGGCAAGGCAAGAUCAUGACCGGAAACUCCAUGCUUUGUUCGACAGAUGCCGCGAGAAGAAUAUCAAACUGAACAAGGAAAAAUUAAAGCUUUGUCUAAGUUCUGUCACAUACUUGGGCCACGUAAUCUCAGAAAGCACUCAAGAGGAAUAA